GGAACCUGCCCAAAAUCCCAAAAAAAUGAAGACAAAACGAGAAACACGUUUGGGAUAAAGUGGCAGAAACCGCGUCAAAGUCAUCGACGGGCAUAUCAUAAUUCUCCCUCGUACACACACAUCAAACAAUUGCCGAAUCUUUUCAUAAACCUCGUUGAUUGUUGUCUGAAUUCCUCUCAGAUAGGGCUUUUGGUACAUGGCCUUUUCUCUUGUUUCAAGUCACGGUCCACAAACAAUGAUGAUGAUUCAUCCCAUAAUGUCGAGUUUGCUGGUGGAAAUGUGUGCCUUAUUACUACGAAAGAAAGUUGGGAUCAGAAGUUGGCAGAAGCAAAUAAAGAGGGCAAAAUUGUUAUUGCGAAUUUCAGUGCUUCAUGGUGUGGUCCAUGUAGAAUGAUUGCCCCAUUCUACUGUGAGCUGUCUGAGAAGUAUCUUUCUCUGAUGUUUCUAACAGUCGAUGUUGAUGAGCUUACAGAAUUUAGUUCAUCCUGGGAUAUCAAAGCAACUCCUACCUUCUUUUUCCUCAAGGACAGCCAGCAGAUUGACAAACUUGUAGGGGCCAACAAACCAGAGCUGCAGAAGAAAAUAACCGCGAUUGCAGACACACAGGUAGUAUGUGAGACGCAACCGCAGUAAUGGCUCUCGGAGGUGGGAAUUUUCUUAAAAUCCCUGCUUUCCAUUUUUUUUUAAUCAUGAUUUCAGGUCUCCGAUGGGACUCCUUCCUUACUUUGAGUUGCUGUCAUUAUGUUGUACAGUUGUAUGUUGAGUCACUACUAAUUUCAGUCCAUAUUCAACCCCCCUCCUCUCUUUUUGGAACAAAAAAAUAAAUAAAAAUAAAGAAGUUAAGAAAAUGAUGUGAUCGGAAUAAAAGUAGGGUUGCUUGUUUUUGAUAUUGUGAUUAUGAAGGAAGGUGCAAUAUGCAAAAAGUUUGUAUCAUAACGUGAUUGACUUGUGUAUAUUCUAUUCCUUGUCAUUUUUGAAUAUAUUCUUGUACAAAUGCUUUGUGGAA